UUGGGUUUUGCCUUUUGUUUCGUUUACCAUUUAUGAUUCACAUUUAUUAUUUACAGUUUACUAAGGAAUGGGAUAUAUAAAGGAAAUGAUAACAGACAUUUUAAUGGCUUGAUUUUAAAGAUAACUUUGAAAUAAAUAACUUCCUGUGGAUGCAUUGAUAACUGACAAAGCGUAACGUAGUUUACUGAUUCAUUGAAUUUGUUUUUUAACUUUGUUUUAAAUUAGUCACGAGUCUCAUUUGCUUUGAUUUUAAUGUUACGUUUUAUCAAUUACACGCACUUUGAAUCAAUUAUCUAUUUUUCUAUGAUAUAUGCUUUGGUCGAAACUUUUGUCUGUGAAACACGCUACCAGUAUCGACAUCACACCACGAGAACAUGAAAAUUACUCUGUGCCGAAACAGGAGGCCGGAGGCUUAGGUCUCGUUGGCUCCUACGGCCCCGCAAACUAGGGGGAGCCACAGGGUGCCACGGCACCUUCACCUCACACAUCACCUGUGAGAGGAGCUGUUCCGAGAACCACCAGGCGGUUGAUUGUGAGCGACACAUCUCCGCCGAUGCUCACUCCGGCGAAUUUCAGCAUUCAGCUGAUUCACAACGCAGUCUCUGAUCGCGACUCUAUUUCAAAGUUUAAAGCUGAAGCUCCAGCUUCACAGCCACUCCGACGAAAUCAGGAAGUAGAAGGCUGGAUUAGGCAGUUAGAAAAUACACUUAGACAAAAGUUUAGAGGCACGUGUUCAGCCUCUGACUUUUUCACUCUGCUGUAUGAGGUCCGUAUGCUUGCAGGACAGGCUCCUCUUGAUUUUUAUGCAGUGCUUGAGGGCAUGGUGUAUCAAGGCUAUCGAGAUCACAAAGAAGCCAUAGGUAGCCCUGAGGAGUUAAUUCGAAGGAACACGAAGAUCUGGUAUUGCAGAGAUCUCUCGUGA